CUCUACUGUCAGUAUUUUAGGUUUUCCACUGAGUGAGUAGACAGCCAAUAAAAGAAAAUUGGCGAAUUAGUGUAUUUUUAUGCUGCACAUCGAAAAAAGUUAUAAAAUAUAACAGAAAUAUAAUAAGGGUGCGAGAUAUUAAUGAAAUUUUAAGUUGAAAUCUUACGCCAGUGUCUUUGUCAAAAUGGAAGCACUUAUUCCGGUUAUUAAUAAAUUGCAAGAUGUUUUCAACACAGUAGGCUCGGAUUCUAUACAAUUGCCACAGAUUGUAGUACUUGGAAGUCAGAGCUCCGGCAAAAGUUCAGUUAUCGAGAGUUUAGUGGGACGCUCCUUUCUACCCCGAGGUACUGGUAUUGUAACGCGUCGCCCUCUAGUUUUACAGCUAAUUCAUUGUCCACUGGAUGAUAGAGAACAUCGUUCAGCUGAAAAUGGUACAGUCAAUGUGGAUGAAUGGGGAAAAUUUUUACAUACCAAAAAGAUCUUUACGGAUUUUAACCAAAUUCGUAAUGAAAUCGAGGAAGAGACCGAUCGUGCUGCCGGUUCCAAUAAAGGAAUUUGUCCAGAACCUAUCAACCUAAAAAUAUUCUCAACACGGGUUGUGAAUUUAACGCUUGUCGAUUUGCCAGGCAUCACCAAAGUACCAGUAGGUGAUCAGCCGGAAGAUAUCGAAGCGCAAAUCAAAGACUUGGUUUUGAAGUUCAUUGAUAACCCCAAUUCAAUAAUUUUGGCAGUGACAGCAGCAAAUACUGAUAUGGCAACGAGUGAGGCACUUAAAUUGGCUAAAGAAUGUGACCCUGAAGGUAGACGCACCCUGGCUGUGGUAACCAAACUCGAUCUAAUGGAUGCGGGCACUGACGCCAUUGAUAUAUUGUGUGGUCGUGUGAUACCUGUAAAAUUGGGCAUUAUUGGCGUCGUAAAUCGGUCGCAACAAGAUAUAAUUGAUAAGAAACAAAUCGAUGACCAACUUAAGGACGAAGCUGCAUUUUUGCAAAGAAAAUAUCCCACUUUGGCUACUCGCAAUGGCACACCAUACUUGGCAAAGACGCUGAAUCGUUUACUCAUGCACCACAUACGCGAUUGUUUGCCAGACUUGAAAACUCGCGUCAACGUGAUGUCAUCACAAUUCCAAUCAUUACUUCACUCAUAUGGCGAGGACGUGUCGGACAAGAGUCAAACGCUGUUGCAAAUUAUAACCAAGUUUGCUAGUGCUUAUUGCUGCACAAUCGAAGGUACUGCUCGCAAUAUUGAAACGACGGAACUCUGUGGCGGUGCACGCAUUUGUUAUAUUUUUCACGAGACUUUUGGUCGCACCCUCGAUUCCAUACAUCCCUUGGCCGGUUUAAGUAAAAUGGAUAUAUUAACGGCUAUACGCAAUGCGACUGGUCCCCGCCCGGCACUGUUUGUACCCGAAGUUUCAUUCGAAUUGUUGGUGAAAAGGCAAAUACGACGAUUGGAGGAGCCUUCACUGCGUUGUGUGGAGUUGAUACACGAGGAAAUGCAACGAAUUGUGCAACAUUGCGGAAAUGAAGUACAACAGGAAAUGUUACGUUUUCCGAAGUUGCAUGAAAAAAUUGUUGACGUCGUUACGCAGCUUCUGCGUAGACGUCUCCCCGCCACAAAUGUGAUGGUUGAAAAUUUAGUAGCUAUUGAGUUAGCCUAUAUUAACACCAAACACCCUGAUUUCCAUAAGGACGCCGCACUCGUACCCAGCUUACUGAAGGCGGACAAUAUUAUUGAGCCAUUCAGCCAUUUGAGUGCACAAGUGCAGCGACGUGCUAAUACUCCACGCAAUUCAAAUUCAUCACCUCAAGUGUCAGCAGGACAUCAUUUGCAGCAGCAGCAGCAACAACAACAACAACAAAUACAAAAUGAUACUCAAGAGCAAAACCAUUUCGGUGAGAACGCCGUCGGUCACAGCUGGCUAUCAACUAUUUUGCCUCCGCCGCCCUCGACUUUGCCGGCUGUACGCGCACAGGAGAGUCAAGAUAAUACUGCAAACAAUACACCUUUACACAAUAAUAUUUCGAGCCCAGUGAAACCGGUUAACUUAUUACCCGAUAUGCCGGCUCAACAUGGUUCGAGGCGUUUAACCGAUAAAGAACAGAAGGAUUGCGAUGUUAUUGAACGCUUAAUUAAAUCGUAUUUCUACAUUGUGCGCAAAUCCAUACAGGACUCUGUACCAAAAGCAAUAAUGCAUUUCUUAGUUAAUUAUGUUAAGGAUAACUUGCAGAGUGAGCUAGUCACACAUUUGUACAAGUCAGAGAGAGCCGAAACUUUACUCAACGAAUCGGACCACAUUGCUGUUCGACGAAAAGAGGCGGCCGAUAUGUUAAAAGCGCUUACCAGGGCAAACCAUAUAAUAAGCGAAAUUCGCGAAACGCAUAUGUGGUAAAAUGGAGAAGGUGCUGUAGUGUGUGAAAUGUAUUCGAAAUACAAAACAAGACAUCAACGCUGCGCUUCUUCACCAAUUGGUGAUUUAUAUUCUUCAUUAUGCAUGCAUACAUAUAUAUUAUAUAUUCGCAAAUUCAUUGUCAAGUUACAUUUUUAACUACUUCAGUUUUCUUUUUCCAGUUUAACCUUCGCAAAAGAAAAAACAAACAUCAAAAAAUAUAAGCAUACUUGUUCAUAAUGGUUAAAUGUACUUGAAUUGUAAUCACGACAGCGUUGGCUAAAAUAUAAA